UCGCGCGGCCACGGGCAGACGGGCGCAGAGCAGCCCCGGCCGCGGCCUCGGUAGCAGCGAGUUCGAGCCCCGCUCCCGCUCCGCUUCGGUUUUUCGCUCCCCCGGCCCUUGGGCCUCCCUACGCCAGUCCCCGGCAGCUCGCUGUGCAUAGCGCUCUCUCCGCCGCCAGGAUGCCGGUGACCGAGAAGGACCUGGCGGAGGACGCGCCAUGGAAGAAGAUCCAGCAGAACACGUUCACGCGUUGGUGCAACGAGCACCUCAAGUGCGUGAACAAACGCAUAGGGAACCUGCAGACCGACCUGAGCGACGGGCUGCGGCUCAUCGCGCUGCUGGAGGUGCUCAGCCAGAAGCACAUGUACCGCAAGUACCACCAGCGGCCCACCUUCCGCCAGAUGCAGCUGGAGAACGUGUCCGUGGCGCUCGAGUUCCUGGACCGCGAGAGCAUCAAGCUCGUGUCCAUCGACAGCAAAGCUAUCGUGGAUGGGAACCUGAAGCUCAUCUUGGGCCUGGUGUGGACGCUGAUCCUCCACUACUCCAUCUCCAUGCCCGUGUGGGAGGAUGAAGGGGACGACGACGCCAAGAAGCAGACGCCAAAGCAGAGGCUGCUGGGGUGGAUUCAGAACAAGAUCCCCUACUUGCCCAUCACCAACUUUAACCAGAACUGGCAAGACGGCAAAGCCCUGGGAGCCCUGGUAGACAGCUGUGCUCCGGGUCUGUGCCCAGACUGGGAAUCCUGGGAUCCACGAAAGCCUGUGGAUAAUGCUCGAGAAGCCAUGCAGCAGGCAGAUGACUGGCUGGGUGUCCCACAGGUCAUCACUCCUGAAGAGAUUAUUCACCCGGAUGUGGAUGAGCACUCGGUGAUGACUUACCUGUCCCAGUUCCCCAAAGCCAAGCUCAAGCCAGGAGCUCCUCUUAAACCCAAACUCAACCCCAAGAAAGCCAGGGCCUAUGGCAGAGGAAUUGAGCCCACUGGAAACAUGGUGAAGCAGCCAGCCAAGUUCACUGUGGACACCAUCAGCGCUGGACAAGGAGACGUGAUGGUGUUUGUUGAGGACCCAGAAGGGAACAAAGAGGAGGCACAAGUGACCCCUGACAGUGAUAAGAACAAGACAUACUCUGUGGAGUAUCUGCCCAAGGUCACCGGAUUGCACAAAGUCACAGUCCUCUUUGCAGGACAGCACAUCUCCAAGAGCCCAUUCGAAGUGAAUGUCGACAAGGCCCAGGGAGAUGCCAGUAAAGUCACUGCAAAGGGCCCAGGCUUGGAAGCUGUAGGGAACAUUGCCAAUAAGCCCACCUACUUUGACAUCUACACGGCAGGUGCUGGCGUGGGCGACAUUGUUGUGGAGGUGGAAGAUCCCCAAGGGAAGAACACUGUGGAGUUGCUCGUGGAAGACAGAGGAAACCAGGUGUAUCGAUGUGUGUACAAACCAGUGCAGCCUGGCCCCCACGUGGUCAAGGUCUCCUUUGCUGGGGACACCAUUCCCAAGAGUCCCUUCGCUGUACAGGUUGGGGAAGCCUGCAACCCAAACGCCUGCCGGGCCAGUGGCCGAGGCCUGCAGCCUAAAGGCAUUCGGAUCCGAGAAACUGCAGACUUCAAGGUUGACACCAAAGCUGCUGGAAGUGGAGAGCUUGGUGUAACCGUAAAGGGUCCUAAGGGUCUGGAGGAGCUGGUGAAGCAGAAGGGCUUUCUGGAUGGAGUCUAUGCAUUUGAGUAUUACCCCAGCACCCCGGGGAAAUACAGCAUCGCCAUCACAUGGGGGGGACACCACAUUCCAAAGAGCCCCUUUGAAGUUCAAGUUGGCCCUGAAGCAGGCAUGCAGAAAGUCCGUGCGUGGGGCCCUGGCCUCCACGGCGGGAUUGUUGGACGGUCAGCGGACUUCGUGGUAGAGUCCAUUGGCUCUGAAGUGGGGUCUCUGGGGUUUGCCAUUGAAGGCCCCUCCCAGGCAAAGAUCGCAUAUGACGACCAGAACGACGGCUCGUGUGAUGUCAGGUACUGGCCCAAGGAGCCCGGUGAAUAUGCCGUUCACAUCAUGUGUGACGAUGAGGACGUCAAGGACAGUCCCUACAUGGCCUACAUCCACCCGGCCUCGGGAGACUGCGACCCGGAUCUGGUGCAAGCAUAUGGGCCAGGUUUGGAGAAAUCUGGGUGCAUUGUCAACAACUUGGCUGAGUUCACCGUGGAUCCUAAGGAUGCCAGAAAAGCUCCCUUAAAGAUAUUUGCUCAGGACGGGGAAGGGCAGCCCGUUGACAUCCAGAUGAAGAGCCGGAUGGACGGUACCUACGCCUGCUCGUACACCCCCGUUAAGCCCAUCAAGCACACCAUUGCCGUGGUCUGGGGUGGUGUCAACAUCCCACACAGCCCUUACAGGGUCAACAUUGGGCAGGGUAGCCAUCCCCAGAAGGUCAGAGUGUUUGGGCCAGGAGUGGAGAGAAGUGGACUGAAGGCACAUGAGCCUACUCACUUCACAGUGGACUGUACCGAGGCCGGCGAAGGUGACGUCAGCGUUGGCAUUAAAUGUGAUGCCCGGGUGUUAAGUGACGAUGAGGAAGACGUGGAUUUUGACAUUAUUCACAACGCCAAUGACACGUUUACUGUCAAAUAUGUGCCUCCUGCCGCUGGGCGAUACACUAUCAAAGUUCUCUUUGCCUCUCAGGAAAUUCCCACCAGCCCUUUCAGAGUCAAAGUCGACCCGUCCCACGACGCCAGCAAAGUGAAGGCAGAAGGCCCGGGGCUCAGCAAAGCAGGUGUGGAAAAUGGGAAACCCACCCACUUCACUGUCUACACCAAAGGGGCCGGGAAAGCCCCGCUCAACGUGCAGUUCAGCAGCCCCCUUCCUGGCGACGCCGUGAAGGAUCUGGAUAUCAUCGAUAAUUAUGACUACUCCCACACCGUUAAGUACACACCCACCCAGCAGGGCAGCAUGCAGGUUCUGGUUACGUACGGUGGCGAUCCCAUCCCUAAAAGCCCUUUCAGCGUGGGCGUGGCCGCUCCACUGGAUCUCAGCAGAAUAAAAAUUAAUGGACUGGAAAACAGAGUCGAGGUUGGGAAGGAUCAGGAGUUCGCCGUUGACACCAGAGGGGCCGGAGGCCAGGGGAAGCUGGACGUGACGAUCCUGAGCCCCUCGAGGAAGGUCGUGCCUUGCCUGGUGACGCCCGUGGCGGGCAGGGAGAGCAGCAUGGCCAAGUUCAUCCCUCGGGAGGAGGGGCUGUAUGCUGUUGACGUGACCUAUGAUGGACAUCCCGUGCCCGGGAGCCCUUACACGGUGGAGGCCUCGCUGCCGCCGGAUCCCACCAAGGUGAAGGCCCAUGGUCCUGGUCUUGAAGGUGGCCUUGUGGGCAAGCCUGCCGAGUUCACCAUCGACACCAAAGGAGCUGGAACUGGAGGUUUGGGCUUAACCGUGGAAGGUCCGUGUGAGGCCAAAAUUGAAUGCUCGGACAACGGCGAUGGGACCUGCUCUGUCUCCUACCUUCCGACAAAGUCUGGGGAGUACUUUGUCAACAUCCUCUUUGAAGAAGUCCACAUACCUGGUUCUCCCUUCAAAGCUGACAUUGAAAUGCCAUUUGACCCCUCCAAAGUUGUGGCGGCAGGCCCAGGGCUCGAGCACGGGAAAGUGGGCGAGGCCGGGUUGCUUAGCGUGGACUGUUCAGAAGCGGGGCCGGGGGCCCUGGGCCUGGAAGCCGUCUCAGACUCAGGGGCGAAAGCCGAAGUCUGUAUCGAGAACAACAAGGAUGGCACCUAUGCAGUGACCUACGUGCCCCUGACCGCUGGCAUGUACACGCUGACCAUGAAGUACGGCGGUGAGCUCGUGCCGCACUUCCCCGCCAGGGUCAGGGUGGAGCCCGCCGUGGACACCAGCAGGGUCAAAGUCUUUGGGCCAGGAAUAGAAGGCAAAGAUGUGUUUCGUGAAGCCACCACGGACUUCACAGUCGACUCACGGCCCUUGACACAGGUGGGAGGCGACCACAUCAAGGCCCACAUUGCGAACCCCUCAGGGGCCUCCACCGAGUGUUUCGUCACAGACAAUGCUGAUGGCACCUACCAGGUGGAAUACACACCCUUCGAGAAAGGCCUGCAUGUAGUGGAGGUGACAUAUGAUGAUGUGCCCAUCCCAAACAGUCCCUUCAAAGUGGCUGUAACUGAAGGCUGCCAGCCAUCUCGGGUUCAAGCUCAUGGACCUGGGUUGAAAGAGGCCUUUACCAACAAACCCAAUGUCUUUACUGUGGUUACCAGAGGGGCAGGAAUUGGGGGUCUUGGCAUAACUGUCGAGGGACCGUCGGAGUCAAAGAUAAACUGCAGAGACAACAAAGAUGGCAGCUGCAGUGCUGAGUACAUUCCCUUUGCUCCAGGGGACUACGAUGUGAAUAUCACAUAUGGAGGAGCCCACAUCCCUGGCAGCCCCUUCAGGGUUCCUGUGAAGGAUGUUGUGGACCCCAGCAAGGUCAAGAUCGCUGGCCCUGGGCUGGGCUCAGGUGUCCGAGCUCGCGUCUUGCAGUCCUUCACGGUGGACAGCAGCAAGGCUGGCCUGGCCCCGCUGGAAGUGAGGGUCAUGGGCCCACGAGGCCUGGUGGAGCCGGUGAACGUGGUGGACAACGGGGAUGGCACACACACAGUGACCUACACCCCGUCCCAGGAGGGGCCUUACAUGGUCUCUGUUAAAUAUGCUGAUGAAGAGAUCCCUCGUAGUCCCUUUAAGGUCAAGGUCCUUCCCACAUACGAUGCCAGCAAAGUGACCGCCAGUGGCCCUGGCCUCAGUACCUAUGGCGUGCCUGCCAGUCUGCCUGUAGAGUUUGCGAUCGAUGCCAGAGAUGCCGGGGAAGGCCUGCUUGCUGUUCAGAUAACGGACCAAGAGGGAAAACCCAAAAGAGCCAUUGUCCACGAUAAUAAAGAUGGCACAUAUGCUGUCACCUACGUCCCUGACAAGACCGGACGGUAUAUGAUUGGGGUCACCUACGGCGGGGAUGACAUCCCGUUGUCUCCCUACCGCAUCCGGGCCACACAGACGGGCGAUGCCAGCAAGUGCCUGGCCACAGGUCCUGGAAUCGCCUCCACUGUGAAAACCGGUGAGGAAGUGGGCUUUGUGGUUGAUGCCAAGACCGCCGGGAAAGGCAAAGUGACCUGCACGGUUCUGACACCAGAUGGCAUGGAGGCUGAGGCCGAUGUCAUCGAGAAUGAGGAUGGCACCUAUGACAUUUUCUACACGGCUGCUAAGCCGGGUACCUAUGUCAUCUACGUGCGCUUUGGUGGCGUCGAUAUUCCCAACAGCCCCUUCACUGUUAUGGCCACAGAUGGGGAAGUUGCGGCUGUGGAGGCGGUGCCGGUAAACGCAUGUCCCCCUGGAUUCAGGCCCUGGGUAACUGAAGAGGCCUAUGUCCCAGUGAGUGACAUGAAUGGCCUGGGGUUUAAGCCUUUCGACUUGGUCAUUCCGUUUGCAGUCAGGAAAGGAGAAAUCACAGGAGAGGUCCACAUGCCUUCUGGGAAAACGGCCACCCCUGAGAUUGUGGACAACAAGGACGGCACAGUCACCGUCAGAUACGCUCCCACUGAGGUCGGGCUUCACGAGAUGCACAUCAAAUACAUGGGCAGCCACAUCCCUGAGAGCCCGCUCCAGUUCUACGUGAACUACCCCAACAGCGGGAGCGUUUCUGCGUACGGCCCGGGCCUGGUGUACGGAGUGGCCAACAAAACCGCCACCUUCACCAUCGUCACCGAGGACGCAGGAGAAGGUGGCCUGGACUUGGCUAUCGAGGGACCCUCAAAGGCUGAAAUCAGCUGCAUUGACAACAAAGAUGGGACGUGCACGGUGACCUACCUGCCCACCCUGCCAGGCGACUACAGCAUUCUGGUCAAGUACAAUGACAAGCACAUCCCUGGCAGCCCCUUCACAGCCAAGAUCACAGACGACAGCAGACGAUGCUCUCAGGUAAAGCUGGGCUCUGCCGCUGACUUCCUGCUCGACAUCAGCGAGACGGACCUCAGCACCCUGACAGCCAGCAUCAAGGCCCCAUCCGGCCGUGACGAGCCCUGUCUCCUGAAGAGGCUACCCAACAAUCACAUCGGCAUCUCCUUCAUCCCCCGGGAGGUGGGUGAACACCUGGUCAGCAUCAAGAAAAACGGCAAUCACGUGGCCAACAGCCCCGUGUCCAUCAUGGUGGUCCAGUCGGAGAUCGGGGAUGCCCGCAGAGCCAAAGUCUACGGCCGCGGCCUGUCAGAAGGCCGGACUUUCGAGAUGUCUGACUUCAUUGUGGACACGAGGGAUGCAGGUUAUGGCGGCAUCUCCUUGGCGGUGGAGGGCCCCAGCAAAGUGGACAUCCAGACGGAGGACCUGGAGGACGGCACUUGCAAGGUCUCCUACUUCCCCACCGUGCCUGGGGUUUACAUCGUCUCCACCAAAUUUGCUGACGAGCACGUGCCUGGGAGCCCAUUUACCGUGAAGAUCAGCGGGGAGGGAAGAGUCAAAGAGAGCAUCACCCGUACCAGUCGAGCCCCGUCUGUGGCCACUGUUGGGAGCAUCUGUGACCUGAACCUGAAAAUCCCAGGGCUCAGAGUCAUGAGCUGCUGCCCAGAUGCUGUAGGGCUGGAGGAAAUCGACAGCAGUGACAUGUCAGCCCAUGUCACCAGCCCCUCCGGCCGCGUGACCGAGGCAGAGAUUGUGCCCGUGGGGAAGAGCUCGCACUGCGUCCGGUUUGUGCCCCAGGAGAUGGGCGUCCACACUGUCAGCGUCAAGUACCGUGGCCAGCACGUCACCGGCAGCCCCUUCCAGUUCACUGUGGGGCCGCUGGGCGAGGGGGGCGCCCACAAGGUCCGGGCAGGAGGCCCCGGCCUGGAGCGAGGAGAAGCAGGGGUCCCGGCUGAGUUCAGCAUCUGGACCCGGGAGGCAGGUGCCGGGGGCCUCUCCAUCGCUGUUGAGGGCCCCAGUAAGGCCGAGAUUACAUUCGAUGACCAUAAAAACGGAUCAUGUGGUGUGUCUUAUAUUGCCCAAGAGCCUGGUAACUACGAGGUGUCUAUCAAGUUCAAUGAUGAGCACAUCCCCGAAAGUCCCUACCUGGUGCCCGUGAUCGCGCCCUCCGACGAUGCCCGCCGCCUCACUGUUCUGAGCCUUCAGGAAUCGGGAUUAAAAGUUAACCAGCCAGCCUCCUUUGCUAUAAGGUUGAAUGGGGCAAAAGGCAAGAUUGAUGCAAAGGUGCACAGCCCCUCUGGAGCCGUGGAGGAAUGCCACGUGUCUGAGCUGGAGCCAGAUAAAUACGCUGUUCGCUUCAUCCCCCACGAGAAUGGUGUCCACACGAUCGAUGUCAAGUUCAACGGGAGCCAUGUGGUUGGAAGUCCCUUCAAAGUGCGCGUCGGGGAGCCUGGACAAGCAGGGAACCCUGCCCUGGUGUCCGCCUAUGGCGCGGGCCUCGAGGGGGGUACCACAGGUAUCCAGUCUGAAUUUUUCAUCAACACCACCCGAGCAGGGCCAGGGACAUUAUCCGUCACCAUUGAAGGCCCGUCCAAGGUUAAAAUGGAUUGCCAGGAAACCCCCGAAGGGUACAAAGUCAUGUACACCCCCAUGGCUCCUGGAAACUACCUGAUUGGCAUCAAAUAUGGUGGGCCCAACCACAUCGUGGGCAGCCCGUUCAAGGCCAAGGUGACAGGUCAGCGUCUUGUCAGCCCCGGCUCAGCCAACGAGACCUCGUCCAUCCUGGUGGAGUCAGUGACCAGGUCCUCCACAGAGACCUGCUAUAGCGCCAUCCCCAAGGCAUCCUCAGAUGCCAGCAAGGUGACCUCCAAGGGAGCGGGGCUCUCGAAGGCCUUCGUGGGCCAGAAGAGCUCCUUCCUGGUGGACUGCAGCAAAGCCGGUUCCAACAUGCUGCUGAUCGGGGUCCACGGGCCCACCACCCCCUGCGAAGAGGUCUCCAUGAAGCACGUGGGCAACCAGCAGUACAACGUGACAUACGUCGUCAAGGAGAAGGGGGAUUACGUCCUGGCCGUGAAGUGGGGAGAGGAGCACAUCCCCGGCAGCCCCUUCCACGUCACGGUGCCUUAAAACCGUUCUCGUCAAGUCCUGGGGGGCAUUCUGGUGGUUGCUUUGGUUGCUUGUGUGUAACUCAUUUUGUACAACGUCCUCCAGCCUGCUUGUGGGUCUGAAACCCCAUCCCAAAAACAUUGCCUUUUUUUUUUUUUUUAAGUACCUUCAGAAAGAAGUCCUAGACUUGACUCUUUAGGGACAUGUUGGGGACUCAGGAAAUGCGCAUGUGUUCCACAGGCCCAGCAAAUCGGACCUCUUGGAGUACAGAUCGCCCCCUGCAGACAGGGCAAGAGCAAACAAGGCUGAUGUUUCUAAGAAAUGAAAUUGGCUAGUCAGUUUGCAAAACAAGACCGGGAGGAGGGGCCGGGAAAAAAAGGAGACCUAGCGUAUGUUGUCGUUUAGAAAAGAAGGUGUCCGUCUCGUGUAAGAAAAGGCCAUGAGGUGGACACCGUUUUUCAACACUACUCCAACCCCGCCCCCAUCUCUCACAGGGCAGAGGGUCCGCGGUGACAGGCUGGCCGAAAGGGCUGCUUGGUGCCUCUCCCCUCAUCCUGCUGCUUAUUUCCCUGCAGAGUCAUUGGGUGUGACCAUCUUGACAGCUGUGUCUUUGCUUUUGUUUUCAAAGUCCGUGUCCGGCGCCGGGUCUGAGGAAACUCUGCAGUGGCAAACAGCCCCCCACUUGCCAAAGGUGCCCCCCCCGCCCCUCCCCUUUCAACCAACACUAGCCCUUGUUCUUAACACACGCUCCAGCCAUUUGUCGGUCUGAAUCUUACCAGCACGUCCAGAGACACUGCAGCUGGGUCCGAAUGUUAGCAGAGGCCUGCCACGCGACAUAACACUCCACACCCACUCCCAGUCAGCCCCAGCGUGAACUUUUUCUAGAAGAUAAUUACAGAAGGAAACGCUUGCCAGCCUUUGGCCUAAAAGUCAGGGAAUGACAGGGGAGGGAAGAUGCACAGCUCAGUGGUGGUCCUUUACUAUUUGCAGAAACAGUGAAAGCGCUGUGUUGUGUCACCCAAGGCUGUCUGGAAAGCGGUAGGCAGGUGCAGAAUUCCGAAAAUGGGGUAUGAGGCAUUUUGCAUACCUUCUUGCAGACUGGAAUAAAGUGAAAGCAUUCAGGGACUGCCUGACUGCAGAGCCCAGCUGUGUAGUGUGGUCUAGGCAGGCGGCCCUUUCAGAUUUGCUGCUUCGUCCUGAGGAGGUGGCCACUGUCACCUCGAGUGCAUCCGUAGGUGGGCCGGGGCGAGGUGGGUGACCCUACCUGAGGGGUAGCAGCUGGGGGUGGGUGUUGGCAAAGCCUACCUGUUAGGAACUGGAGCGGCCUGAAACCUGACGUGAAAGGAUCACGGGCCUCGUAAACCAGGACGUGGAAGAGAAACUGGAACCAAAUGCCGACUGUAAAUUGUAUCUUAUAACUUAUUAAAUACAACGUUUGCUCCGUAAGCUCCUGGGUGUUCUUGGAUGGUAUCCUUUCGUAAAUGGUUUGAGUCUCUGACCAGCUCUCCCAAACCCUGGCCGAAAGGACACAGAUGAAGCAACUUGUCGCCACAGGGAGCCUUGCCUCUUUUUUGUAGCGGGGACGUUCUGCUUCUCCACAGGCCCCCGUGGGAGUUUAUCAGGGUGAGGGGCCCUGGCACCGACACAGCCUCCCGGAGAGGUUUACUGGGGUCUGCCCUGGUUAAGAGUCCCAGAUUU